AUGAGGAACAGCACCAUGGUGAGAGAAUUCAUACUUCGGGGCUUUACGGACAACCGUCAAGUUGAAAUCUUGCUUUUCACCCUUCUGUUUUCCAUGUAUCUUUUGACAAUAACGGGGAACGCUGUGAUUGUUAUAAUCACUCAGGUGAGUCCCCAGCUCAGCACCCCAAUGUAUUUCUUCCUUCGACACUUUGCAGUCCUGGAGAUUGGGUUCACCACUUCUGUCAUUCCUAAAACAUUGAUCAACAUGGCCAUUGGACAGAAGACCAUCUCUUUGCCUGCUUGCUUCACACAGUCCUUUCUGUAUUUUGUCCUGGGUACCACAGAGUUCCUUCUGCUGACAGUUAUGUCCAUUGACAGGUAUGUGGCCAUUUGCAACCCUCUUCACUACCCAACCAUCAUGAAUGAUCACUUGUGCUCACUGCUGGUACUCUGCUCUUGGCUAGGGGGGUUGUCACUCAUUAUGGUUCCAAUAGUUGUCCUUUUUCAGAUGCCCUUUUGUGGUCCAAACACCAUCAACCAUUUUUUCUGUGAUAGUGGGCCACUGAUGAAACUUUCAUGCGCAAACACGUCUCUAUUUGAACUCCUCAGUUUCCUCAUCGCUUUGCUCUCUGUCCUUGGGACCUUGGCCAUAACAAUUGUGUCAUAUAUACGCAUUGUCUCAACCAUCAUGCUCAUCCCUUCAACCACAGGGAGGCAGAAGGCAUUCUCUACUUGUGCUUCUCACAUCAUAGUGAUCUCCCUCACUUAUGGCAGCUGCAUUUUCAUGUACAUAAAACCAAAAGGCACUGGGACGUUAGACUUCAGCAAAGGGGUGGCCCUUCUGAACACUGUUGUAUCUCCUCUGCUGAAUCCAUUUAUUUACUGCCUGAGAAACAGGCAGGUCCAGGAUGCCUUGAGAGCUGGAUUUAGACAGUGUGUUGGACUUCGCAAGUCCCCAAGGUGA